AUGCGCCCCAGCCCUUUUGCGUUAACAAGCCCGUCAAAUGAAACGUUUCGGCUGUUGCAGCUGUCCUUGCAAGACCUAAUAUUUGUAAUCGACACCGAGGAGGAUGCUGCGGCCCUGGGCUCCUGUAGGGCGCGAGGCCUCUCUCACCAGGGUAAGGGGCUGGCGAAUGACCUGGAUGCCUGGGACCCUAGGGGCAAGUAUGCGGGAGCAGAGCAAGCGACGACGCAGCCACCGCCCUCCCACCCCACCCCCAACCCCCCAGGAGCCGAGUCCCUGUGUGGCGGCAGGAGCCAGUCUGGCCUAUCUGCAACGCCAGGCCUCCAGGCGGCUGCUUUAGGCGUCAAGUUGAGCGGGGUGUGUGUGCCCUCUUGGGGAAAGGGAGCGCAGAGACUCUGUCCGGAUGAAGUGGGGGAACUCAGUCCCGCGAAGGAACCGGAGCCACGGCGCAGAGGGGAGGAGCAUGCCCCACAGGCUCACCCCUGGGGUCUCAGGACCCAGAGAUCGGAGAUCCACGCGGUCAGCGCCACCCACCCGAGCCUGGCGACUGGCGCGUCCCGGCGAGCUCCGCGGGGCCGAGGUACCGGGAGCCACGGCCCCCGGCGCCCGCGCGCUGCUGGCGGAGGGAAACCAGAAAAGCCGAGCCUCGGGGUCGAAGUCAUAAAGUUACUAAUCCGGUGCAGGGGGAGUGAACGUGCCUCCGGCCGCCUGGGGCAGUCAUUUGAGCGUGUUUACUUAAGGACUUUGCAAGAGGAGCGCGCGCGAAAUAGUCGGAUUUCCAGCGAGGCAGCAAAUAUUUGCAAGCGAAAGAAAGAAGCGGAGCCGGGCCGCGCCGCCGCGUCCCUCCCCCCGGAGCCGCGGCGCCGGCCUGGGCGGACCCGGCCUCACAGUUAAAGACAGAAAUGAAGCCGGGAACCUGCGGGGCUGGGGGCGGGGAGGGCGCAGAGCGACAGCAAAGGCCAGAAAUUGGAGCGCGGCCCCGAGGCCCUGGCGUGCCGGGGUUGGGGGAGGAGAAAUCCCUUCCCAUUCCACCUCGAUCAAUCUUCCUUGGCUGCGAUCGGUCAAUAAAAAUGGUGUGAACUGGCCGCGGUCGCUGUGCGUCUGGGGAGGAAGUGGAGGCCAGAGGUGCCGAGGCCGGCGCCGGCGCCCCGUACCAGUCCGGUUCGCACUCCCGCGAUCUGUAAAUCCCCAGGCCGGCGGCCAGUUCGUCGUGGGGAGCCGAGCGCGGCCCCAAGAGGCCUUUAAUUGGGUGUCUCCACUUUAAUAGUGGCCAUUGUUGGAGCAAUUAGCGAGAGACAAUAACCGCCAAGAGGCGUUUAAUUCGAUUCCCCGCGCCGGCUGCUGCCUGGACAAGGAAACUCUGAAAGAAGAGUCUGGCCUGGGAGGAAAGAUUUGCUUUAGCGCCGGCUCCCUUCCUUGCGGGUUUUGUUUUGGGUGCGAGAGUUUUAAUGGGGCAAGUUGAAAGCGAGGCGAGAGCGACCAGGUCCUGGUCCUUCCUACACGGGGACAUCCCGGCCUGGGCCUCGCUAGCCCUGCGGGGCGCCCGCGGGACCGCGGCGCCUGCUGGCAGCACGCGUCUGAGCUGCAGCCACGCGCGUGUGCCCGGUGCCUGUUAGAGUUAGGGAGAAAAGCAGAGACGAUGUGGAUGUGCAAACCAGUCUCUUUCCUCCUUAGCCCUGGGUCUCCCACCUCGAUCACUCGAACCGCGUCCCAAUUUCCUUCCCCAUCGGGGAGGAGGGGCAAAGCAGAGAACCCCCUUCUGGCGCUUACACACCUCCCUCUCCACCGAGCCAGCCUCGCUACCCCCUCCUCUGCCUCGGCUCUCGGAUUAGGUUACCGCGGCGGGGCGAGGAUUUUUACUGGAUACGAGAAUAGCGCAGGUAAAGCUGUAUAAACAGCUCGCCGGCUGCCGGACGGGAGGGUUACGCCGGGGACACUGCCCAAGGCGCCACCGCCGGGCCCGGCCGAGGCUGCGCGGGCGUAACAGUGGGGGAGUCCGCUCCCGCGCGGCGCCCCGGGACAGCGCAGGUUAAACACAUACUGCAUUAUGUCUGUGCAUUUCCCCACCCAAACCCCUUUCUCUUUCCCGCAUGAACUGAAAUGCAGAGAGUGGGAAGCGAAAUCAAAAGGCGAUUAGAAAGAAGCAGGCAGCGUGGGCAGUGCUAGUCGUUCUCUUCAAAAGAAACACAGCGAACAGGGGACCUAGGGGAACGCAGAAAAAAGGGGACCCAAAAACUCACUGGCAAAGGGAAGAUGCUGGAGAAGGAAACGUCAAAGGGAAAACCCGCGGGAACUCAGGCGAAAAGAGCUACGCGCGGCAACCC